UUGGGGUACCCGCCAUUCGACUCAGUUGAUGUGCAGCAGCUGUGCUUGUUAAAACAUGUCCGACCAUUUUGAUCACAUCAAAAUGUUGGCCCUAGGGCGCCAUUUUACAAUUGGAUCUCUCUAUAAUUACGUCGAAGAUGUUGUUGUACCAAACGUUCGUUUAUGGGACCCCGAAGACGUAUCUCGUGUGACCAUCUUGCAAGCAGAAAGGAAAGAAACGAUUGAAAUUCGUUCCAUGGCAGCCGAAAAAAUGAAAAAUGAUGAAGAAAACCAAGACGAAGAAUCCGAGUCAUUGAUAUCCAAUUUAGGAAUGGAUCAUCAUUCCGUCAUGAGCUUGACGGCCGGAAUAUUACGCUCGCCUUUCAAAGGAGCAUGGCAAUUUGCCUCCGACCGAACAGAUGACAAAACUUUAUCGUUUAAUUCUAAUGCAGAAGUUGUUGUUCAUUGCCGUUGCUCCAGUAGGAAAACUUCGAUCGAUCCUAAAACCAAGCUGGAAAUCAUUUGCCGGCCAGAGAGAUUAAUCAAGAGUCAAGCCACUCAUGUUGUCAUAGCCAUCACCUACGGGCUAGAGGCUUUUUGCAUUUUCUCUCAACAAAACUAUCAGAUUUCAAAUGAUGAUGAAAUACUUGGAUAUGCCCGUUACUUUGUUGACGGCCUUUUGGAUGGCAGAAAGCAACUCGAGCUGGAACAAGACAAAGAAGGCGACGAGGAAGAUGGUGGACAUUGUCUCGUGCCUUUAGACUUCAAUUGCAUACUUUACAAAGAUGAUCCUGGUUUGAAAAAAGGGCAAAAUUGGAGGAGCUCAAACUCUGUUUCGGAACAAUACGAAGCUUGCCGGAAGCUGCUGGAACAUCAAUCAAACAAGGCUAUUCCUCUGACAGUGUGGCUGUAUCCACUUCAAAAACUGAUGCCCGUCGAUGCAGGUAUCCCUAAAAUGCCGGAUAAUCAGAUUGACAUUUCUCGAGAUCUGGUGGUUCGAUGUCAGACAAUGUGGAACCGUUGGCAACAGAUCGAGAUGGAAGUGGACCUAAUGACCAGCGACUUGAACAAACUGAAACGUUCCAAUGCCCAUCAGUAUAUUCCUCUGUCUCUGUACAACAGAGUCAAUGAUUUUCAUAAAUAUUUAAAGGAAUUCUUGUGCACAUUUCGCGAGGCUUUGCACGAAUGGACGGUGGACGUCAGACGAGGUGGCCCGGAAGACAAAAUUGCUGAAAUGGUUGAUGCAAUCAAAAGUAAAUCACCUUUUCUGCCCGAAAAUUUACGCCAUUGGCUGUACAAUCAGAUACAACAAAUUAAAACUCUGAAAAUGGUGGCUGCAUUACCUGGUGUCCGACUUGUGACGGAAACUGAUCAACUGGAAAGGAAAAUCAAAAGUCUGAGCCGCAACAUGUUUGCUGUUGUUCUCCAUUUGCCGAGUUUGGCCGGUCAUUCGGAUAAGUUGGUUCACGAUUCAAUGACGUACGUAAAUCAAUUCACCAACUCGCAACCACCCGCAUGUGACUUUGGAUAUGAGAAGAUACAAGACACUUUUGUUGCGGAUCGACGUCACAUUUUGGCAUCCAGCAAAGAAUUUUCGGAUUGGGUGACUAACAACGUCGACGCCACAAACAUCAAGUACAUCGUCUUCUACGACCAACAAUUUUCUAAUUUUCCAAAGUUGCCUUUCACGCGGUUGUACGAUUGUACGUCAAAGUUCAAGGAUUUCUUUAUCCCAAAACCUCCUGGAGAAGUAACGGUCGAAAAGAAUCGUCGGGGCGUGGUCGUGCUCACUUGGACGGAUGAAGACACAUCAGAAGCGUCCAACUAUCUAAUCCAGUACCGCAGCAUGGAUAGUCAACACUGGGAUUCAAUUGAGCAUUCUUCAAAGAAAAUCACAAUCAGUCACCUUCAAUCAGAUGUGACGUACCAGUUCAGAGUGGCCGUAUCGACCCUCGGCGGGCCGGGUCCAUUCGGUCCUGUAAGCUGCAAUGUUACGGUAGAUCCCGUUAGCCCACCUCCCACUGGGCUCCAAUGUCAGUACGUAACCGAUACGACAAUUAACAUUUCCUGGGAUCAUGUCAUUUCUGUUACUUCAUCCUCUGAGGAUAAAGAAAUCAGCCAAGAAUGUGACGAUGAACAUGAAGAUAUCGACGAAGAAGAAUUGGAAGUCGAUGGGAGCAACGAGUUUUCGCAGGCUGACACGUACGAGGAAAACCAGUUGACAAUUAGCAGUUACGUGGUUGAUUGUUGGAUGGCGAGUGAUCAGGAAUCGACAUUUAUUCGAAGAUCAACCAAUGUAAAGACGAUUACACUCGAACCCCUCGUUCGUGACACAGUUUAUUGUAUCCAAGUGCGAGCUGUCUGCACGAACUUGAACGGGUCCACUUUCUACAGUCCAGCAUCGCCCAUUUUAGAAACGACCACAUUGCGGGAGGCUGAAAGGGCAGCAGUCAUCGUCCGCCGCGUCAGCAAAAAAUUUCCAGAAGGCCCUGGCAUCGACGCUUACCAUUUACCACUGAAGAAACUCCACGGUGUGAAGAGCUACGGAGUCGGCCAUUACGUUUUCGGCGAGCCGAGUUACCUGGCAUUGGCAGGUAAACGUCGACAAAGAACCAUCUUGGUGCUUGGUGCCACCGGUUCAGGUAAAAGUACUCUCAUCAACGCCAUGGUGAAUUACGUACUGGGUGUCGAAUGGGAAGAUGAUUUCCGCUUCAAGUUGAUCAACGAACCAGCAGACAAAUCGCAGGCUUACAGUCAGACGGACUUGGUGACUACCUACGAUUUUUACGAGAUGAAAGGCUCUCGUUUGGAUUAUUCGCUGAGCAUCGUCGAUACUCCGGGAUUUGGCGAUACGCGCGGAAUUGAAAAAGACAAGAAAAUUAUGCAGCAAAUUCAAGAUUAUUUCAAAUGUCGUCACGGGAUCCAGCAAUUAGAGGCCGUGUGUUUCGUUGUCCAGUCGUCGCUGCCCAGAUUGACGGCUACCCAGCAAUACAUUUUUGAUUCGAUCUUGUCCAUUUUCGGACAAGACAUUAAAGAUAACAUUCGGCUGAUGGUGACAUUUGCAGACAAUGCUUUGCCGCCCGUCUUAGGGGCUGUUAAGGAGGCCGGCAUUCCAUCGCCCACCGACCCAACUACCGGACUGCCCCUUCAUCAUAAAUUUAACAAUUCAAUUUUCUUCACGACCAAUAAAGGCAAUCGUCAGACGAACGAAUUCAACCGCACUUACUUCGAUAUGGCUGUAGAGGGUUUCGACCGAUUCUUCGAAGAUUUGAGUCGCAUGGAAGCGAAAUCGUUGACGCUGACACGUGAAGUCCUUGAGGAACGAAAACGAUUAGAAGCUCUUGUCGAAGGCCUUCAAAUGCGAACCGAAAUCAAGUUGACUCGCGUUGACGAGCUCGAGCAAAUCAAGAAAGCCCUGAAAGAUAAUGAAGAUCAAUUGGAAGCAAACAAAGAUUUCGAAUUUGAAACGUUAGUUCCCAAAGCGACGGACAUUAGCGGGACGGGCCAAUUCACCACAAACUGUCAAAAGUGUCGCACAACGUGUCAUUUUCCUUGCAGGCAGUAUAGCGAUGAUACCAAACAUCGUUGCUCCGUCAUGGACCCCAGCGGUCGUUGCAUGAUCUGUCAAUGCCCGUGGAAUGAUCAUUUCAAUCAAAAGUACAGGUAUGAAAUGGUGAAAGAGAAGGUGCAACGUUCGUCGGAUGCCAUCCGGCAGCAAUACCAGGGGGCGAAGGUCGAGGCGUUGACCAAUGAACAACUGGUGCGUCGCAUUGAAAAGGAUAUUAAGAAGCACGAGUCACAGCUGAUGGAAUUGAUGCAAGCCACUUAUCCGUGCAUCCAGCGACUGGAUGAGAUCGCCUUACGGCCACACCCAUUCUCCACACCUGACUACAUCGACCUGAUGAUUGCCGCAGAGAAACAAGAACAUCGUUCCGGCUAUCAGCAGAGAAUUGUCACUUUGCACAAGUUACGUGAGAUGGCCGAAAUCACAGCCAAAUUAAUUCGCGAACAGCAAAGUGUUGUUAAUCGUAGGAUGUCUUCAAUGUCUGCUAGUUCAAGACUUUCUGGUUCAGCCAUUAAAUCCAAGGUCGUACGUUUUAAACAUUGUUGAAAUGAAUGUUUGCAAUUGUAAUCCCGAACAAGUUAAAACUACAUGAAAAAUAAAACAUGGUCUCAAUCGAGAA